AUGGCAGCUCGAGGAAAUGUUCCUGCGCACCUGCAAGCCUCGCUACCUGCUCUGCCACCUCAUCUACAGUCGGAUACCCAUUUGACAGCACACCUCGCGAGCCGGUUCCAUGUGUCUCUGCCAACCGCAAAACUUUCUUCACAAGGUCUGAUAUGCCUCAACACCUAUACAUCCUCGACAAGAGGGCCAAAUGGGGAAAAAGAAGGGAGCGCCAUGGGCGAAGCCGAAGACCUCGCUCGUAGGGCCUGGAUCAGGCUAGGAAGUAGAGCAGAGGAUCAAGCCGUGGUUUUCUUCGGUGAAUCUGGCUCUGGCAAGACCACAGUCCGGUCACAUUUGCUUACUUCAGUUCUCUCCUUUUCCUCCACGCCACUUUCCUCCAGAUUAUCUCUCGCAGCGUUUGUUUUCGAUACCCUGACCACAACCAAAACCACAACCACCCAAACCGCAUCGAAAGCCGGGCUGUUCUAUGAGCUCCAGUAUGACGCCUCCUCGUCCAUUCCUACUCUCAUCGGUGGCAAAUUGCUGGACCACCGUCUAGAGAGGAGCCGUAUAUCUCAUGUGCCUACCGGGGAAAGGAGCUUCCACGUCCUCUAUUAUCUCCUUGCCGGUACAAGCCAAGCCGAGAAAACACAUCUGGGUCUGACUGGUGAGACCAACAUCACCACCUCUGGCACAGGCCUUUCCCGCUCCGCCUCUGUCGCCCAGAAAAGAUGGAGAUAUCUAGGCCACCCGACCCAAAUGAAGGUUGGAAUAAAUGACACGGAAGGCUUCCAGCACUUCAAAACGGCACUGCGGAAGCUUGAGUUCCCCAGAUCUGAAAUUGCUGAAAUUUGUCAAGUGCUUGCAGCCAUUUUGCACAUAGGCCAGCUGGAAUUCGGUACCGGCCAGACCACUCUGACUGCUGCAGAGGAAAGUGGCGGUUACUCACAUGAGGGUGGUGAGACUGUGACUGUAGUCAAGAACACAGAGACCUUGGCCACCGUUGCCGCAUUCCUGGGACUGGGCGCACAGGAGCUGGAGGAGAGCCUACGAUAUAAAACGAAGACGUUGCACAGAGAGCGCGUCACGGUCAUGCUAGAUCCUAAAGGAGCCCGUGGAAAUGCCGACGAACUGGCUACGACAUUAUACUCCCUCCUUGUCGCCUACAUUAUCGAGAGCAUCAAUCAAAGGAUCUGCGCUUCGGAAGACGCUGUAGCCAACACUAUCUCCAUCGUCGAUUUUCCUGGCUUCGCUGACCACACUUCUACCGGUUCGACCCUCGACCAACUGUUGAGCAAUGCUGCAAACGAGUCUCUCUACAAUACCUGUCUGCACAGUUUCUUCGAAAGGACCACUGAAGCUCUCGAGAGCGAAGAGGUCAGUGUUCCAGCAACUACCUAUUUCGAUAACACGGAUACGGUCCGUGGCCUUCUCAAGCAUGGAAACGGCUUGCUUGCGAUUCUGGACGACCAGACCCGCCGGGGCCGCUCAGAUAUCCAGUUCCUCGAAAGUCUACGGAAACGGUUUGAGAACAAGAAUAAAGCUAUCACGGUUGCGAACGCAACUACAACUAUGCCCGGCAGUAAUUUCGUCACUCCGAACCUGUCGGCUUCUUUCACAGUUCGACAUUAUGCCGGUGAAGUGGAUUACCCGGUCAAUAGCUUGGUUGAAGAAAAUGGCGAUGUGGUCUCAGGCGAUCUGAUGAAUCUUAUGAAAUCUACAAGGAGCGACUUUGUGGGAUCUCUGUUUGGACAGGAGGCUCUGAACACCAUCAGCCAUCCUUCAGAGAAGACCGCCAUCGUUCAAGCCCAGGUCAGUUCCAAACCGCUACGCAUGCCCAGUGUAUCGAGGAAGAAGCAUGACCAAUUGCGAAGAAUGGCUAGCAGAAGAGCAGAUAAAACGCCUGCUGUAGAAGAGACCGAAGAAUCAGGUCUGCGGGUCGAGGAAGGAAGAUCAAGGCGAAUGAAGGCGACCGCGACCGGUCUCACUCAAGGCGCCGCCGCCCAAUUUCUGUCAGCACUGGACAACAUCACAAAGUCGCUGACUGCCCCGAAUGUCAACAACUAUUUCGUCUUCUGUCUCAAACCAAAUGAUAGGCGGAUUGCGAACCAGUUUGACAGCAAAUGCGUUCGACAGCAACUGCAAGUGCUCGGAAUUGCAGAGAUCAGUCAGCGGCUCCGCACAGCCGAUUUCAACAUCUUCUUGCCUUUCGGCGAGUUCCUUGGUCUCGCAGAGACCGAUGUCGGUGUGGUUGGCAGCGAGGCGGAGAAAGCCCAGCUGGUGUUGGAUGGCAGGCGAUGGCCACCCAAUGAAGCCAGAAUUGGUAGUACUGGAGUCUUCAUGAGUGAACGUUGUUGGGCAAGCAUCUCCCUCUCAGCCUCACAAUCUGCAGCAUAUUUUGGCGGAGAACAAGGCUCACUUUCCCGGCCCGACACACCUGGCCCAAAUCCCUUCUUAGACCCGAAAGCACAGUUACUCUCCUCUGCUGAUGGCACUCCCGGGUCCUUCUAUGGGGAUGAAACUAAGGGAGGGGGCUAUUUUGGAAGCCGUGACCUCGACGCCAAAUCCGACGCAGGCGCCUCAGCGUUUCACUCUGGUGACAUGUUCAGAAACCUUGAAACCAAAGAAGAACUCGCUGAAAAGGCGAACAAGAAAAAAAUGGAAGAGGUCGAUGUUGUGGCGCUGUCGUCAAGCCGCAAACGGUGGCUAGCACUUGUUUAUCUGCUUACAUGGUACAUCCCGGACUUCGGCAUCAAAUUGAUAGGGAGAAUGAAGCGUAAAGAUGUGCGGACUGCCUGGAGAGAAAAGCUUGCGAUCAAUCUUCUUAUCUGGCUCAGUUGUGCAAGCGCGGUCUUCUUCAUCAUCUUCUUCCCGACCCUGAUUUGUCCAAGGCAAUAUGUCUACUCCGCAGCUGAGUUGUCCUCACAUGAUGGCAAAGGUAAUCACGAUUCGUUCAUCGCCAUCAGAGGAGUGGUAUUUGACUUGGGCGCAUUUUUGCCUAGCCAUUACCCGAACAUUAUUCCUCAAAGCUCACUCAAGAAGUAUGCCGGGGUGGAUGCCACAGGCCUUUUCCCUGUCCAAGUCUCAGCUCUAUGUCAGGGCAAAGGCAACGGAGUUGACCCAACUGUUCAGCUUGACUACACCACGACGAAUAUCACAGGGUCUGCGAGUGUGAUCUCCUCCACCGACGCCAAUAGACGUUAUCAUGACUUCAGAUCCUUUAACCGGGAUUCCAGACCUGACUGGUUCUUUGAGCAAAUGAUAAUGCUUAAGGCAAACUACAAAAAGGGAAAUAUCGGCUACACCCCUCAGUAUGUCAAGACUCUGGCGGGCAAGUCUCGCGCCAUUGCAAUACUGAACGACAAGGUUUACGAUUUCACUACGUACAAUCAGGGCGGUCGCAGUACCAGAGCCCCCGAGGGUGAAGAGGUACCCGCCGGCGUCGACACGAAUUUCAUGGACGACCUCGUGGUCUCUCUGUUCACACAACGGGCUGGACAAGACGUCACUAAAUAUUGGAAUGCGCUUCAAAUUGACGAGGGCCUAAGAAGUCGGAUGCAGAUAUGUCUUGACAACCUAUUCUUCGUGGGAGUGACUGACACACGUAACUCACCACAGUGUCUGUUCGCGCAGUACAUCCUCCUGGUCAUCUCAAUUCUUAUGUGCUCUGUUAUUGCAUUCAAAUUCCUGGCAGCUCUUCAGUUUGGGGGCAGAAAUGUGCCGGAGAACCUGGACAAGUUUGUCAUUUGCCAAGUUCCCGCAUAUACCGAAGACGAGGACUCACUGAGGCGUGCCAUCGACUCUGCGGCCCGCAUGCGCUAUGAUGAUAAACGCAAACUCCUGAUUGUCGUCUGCGAUGGUAUGAUCAUAGGUCAAGGAAACGAUCGGCCUACUCCAAGGAUUGUCCUCGACAUAUUGGGUGUCUCUGAGACAGUGGAUCCUGAGCCUUUGAGCUUUGAGUCCCUUGGCGAGGGUAUGAAACAGCACAAUAUGGGCAAGGUAUAUGCUGGUCUCUACGAGGUCCAAGGCCAUAUUGUACCAUUCAUGGUUGUUGUGAAGAUUGGCAAACCUUCAGAAGUCUCAAAGCCUGGAAACAGAGGCAAACGUGAUUCACAAAUGAUCGUCAUGCGUUUCCUAAACCGGGUUCAUUACAAUCUUCCGAUGAGCCCACUCGAGCUUGAGAUGCACCACCAAAUUCGGAAUAUCAUCGGCGUCAAUCCUACCUUCUAUGAAUUUAUGCUACAGAUCGAUGCCGAUACAGUCGUUGCACCUGACUCCGCCACUCGAAUGGUCGCAGCAUUCCUCCGCGACACGCGAUUGAUAGGGUUGUGCGGAGAGACGUCGCUCACCAACGCCAAAGCCUCCUUCAUUACCAUGAUGCAGGUCUACGAAUACUAUAUCUCUCAUAAUCUCACCAAGGCUUUUGAGUCACUGUUUGGCUCCGUGACCUGUCUGCCAGGCUGUUUUACCAUGUAUCGUAUCCGAGCUGCGGAAACGGGCAAACCUCUUUUUGUCAGUAAGGAGAUCAUUGAGGACUAUUCCGAGAUCCGGGUCGACACACUGCACAUGAAGAACCUGCUUCACCUAGGUGAAGACAGAUUCUUGACGACUUUGCUGCUCAAAUACCACUCCAAGUACAAGACCAAGUAUCUCUUCCAUGCGCAUGCUUGGACAAUUGCUCCCGACAGUUGGACAGUGUUCAUGUCUCAAAGGCGUCGCUGGAUCAACAGUACGGUUCACAACUUGAUCGAACUCAUACCAUUACAGCAGCUCUGCGGUUUUUGCUGUUUCAGUAUGCGUUUUGUGGUGUUCAUUGAUCUUCUGUCCACCAUCAUAGCACCUGUGACUGUUGCAUAUAUUGUUUAUUUGAUUGUCCUUGUAUCUACUCGAUCGACUGUUGUCCCGCUCAUGGCAUUUGUCCUUCUUGGUGUGGUUUAUGGAUUGCAAGCUUUUAUUUUCAUCCUCCGGCGAAAAUGGGAAAUGAUUGGGUGGAUGAUUGUGUACAUCCUCGCAAUGCCCAUAUUUUCGUUUGGGCUGCCACUGUAUUCAUUCUGGCACAUGGACGACUUCAGCUGGGGUAAUACGCGUUUGGUUACUGGCGAGAAGGGUAAACAGAUCCUUAUCUCUGAUGAGGGCAAAUUCGACCCAGACUCCAUUCCAAAGAAGAAGUGGGAAGAAUAUCAAGCAGAGUUGUGGGAUGCUCAGACACAGCGCGAUGAUGCACGCUCCGAGAUUUCCGGCUACAGCUAUGGCACAAAAUCGUACCAUCCUGCUGGCUCUAUCUACGGUGGUGGAUAUGACACUCAGCAUCUCAUGCCCACGUCUAGGUCUGCCUCGCAGCUUGACAUGCAUCCUCCAGUUUAUGCAGGGGCCUACAAUCAAUCCAGAAUGUCAUUGGCACCAUCGGAUAUGCUAGGUGGUGGCAUGAUGGCAAGUGGGCGGUCCAUCGCCGAUAUGGAGAUGUCCGAUCUGACCGGCCUGCCAACUGAUGACAUGAUCUUGAACGAGAUCCGCGAAAUCUUGAAGACGGCAGACCUAAUGACAGUGACUAAGAAAGGAAUCAAGCAAGAGCUCGAGCGGAGGUUUAACGCGAAUCUUGAUGUCAAGCGUGCAUAUAUCGGCAGUGCUACCGAAGCCAUCCUAUCUGGUCAACUAUAG